CAUUGUUUUCUGCCGCUUUGUGGUAUGCCAUUUUCAAAUCUGUUCCCUAUUUUAGUCCCUUUUCACUCUAUAUAGCAAAUAUCGUCUUCAUCAUAUUAAGUUCUCCACCCUUUCUUUAUCAACCUUCUUGUUCAGCUUCAUUUUCUUCUGGCUAUGGCUUUUCUGCAUCUCUCAUUGCUGCUUCUGGCCGCCAUGGCUGGCCAUUCAAGUGCAACAUGGUGUGUCUGCAAGAAUGGGGUGAGCGAUGCGACGCUGCAGAAGGCGCUGGACUACGCAUGCGGGGCGGGGGCUGACUGCAGCCUCAUUCGACAAAAUGCAGCCUGUUUCCUUCCCAAUACAGUGAGGGCUCACUGUUCUUACGCUGUAAAUAGCUAUUUCCAAAAGAAAGGCCAAACUCAAGGCUCUUGUGAUUUUGCUGGUGUUGCUGCUAUCUCCACUACUGACCCUAGUGCUGCUGGCUGUUCCUACCCUUCAAGCGCCGGAUGUUAUUUCAGGGGCAAUGGUGGCGGAGUAACUCCAGUGACGACAACUCCAACACCACCUGGAGCAACAACAGUUCCCGGAAUGACGUCGCCUGUCACGAGACCACCACCAUCGUCGAUGACACCCACAACUACAAAUAACCCCCUUCCCAACACUGCAUCCCCCACCGGAGUUUUGGGUGGCGCUGGCACGGGUGUCAACCCCACUGGAACAGGCACCACCGCCGACGAGAGCCAUGGUGGAAUCCGCCUCCAACGUCAUAUAUUCUUCUCCAUCUCAAUCGUCCUUUUAUUUAGCUUCUUGCUAAUUUGUUGAGACUGAUGAGUUGAUUAUAAUGAUUAAAGUACUUAAUUAGCUAGCUUGUAAACGAGAGUUAUAAGAUUUAUGUGGUUCCUCUAUGUUCUAUAUUGUGGUCAGUAGUUUGAUUAAUCAUCAUUAAAAUUGCUUUCUUAUAAGGUUUUGGAUCUUCGUUAUUCUAUCGAGAUUAAGGAUUGCACUGGAGUUUUGUAAUAUAUACGAUGUUUCGAGUGUUGAUCUUCAAAUAUAUAUUAGAGUCAUAGUAAUUACUACC